AUGUCGGACGAAGAUAGCUUGGUUGCUACUAGAUCCAGGCGUUCUAAUGCUGGUUCGCGUCUUAAGCAUUUGAUUGAAUUAGAAGAAAGAGCCAGCGAUGUACAAGAAUCUGUAAGUUCAAUAAUAAAUGAAGAAGAUGAAAAUGUGAAUUUAUUAUUUCAAGAAGACGAAGAUGACCAGGAGUUUUUUGAAGAAGAUGAAGAUGAAGAUGAGGAGAAUGAAGAAGAAGAAGAAGAAAGGGAAGGCCAUGAGGAAGAUAAUAUAGAGGAGGAAGAGGAAAAUAAAAAAAGGUCUCAUGAGUCUGACGAUGAAGUAGAACAAGUUAAUUCAGAUGACGUUCUCUCGGACUCUGAUAUAUCAAUGUCAGAUUCAGACGAGAGUGAAGGGGAGAAAGAGCUUCAAAAACAAGAGAAGAUGAAGCAGAAAAGAGUAAAAAAAAAACAAAGUCUCGUACCUACUAUCAAACAGCCUAAGUUGGAUGAAAAGCCAAAGGCCAAGAAACCAAAAGGAUUAACUUCGUCUGAUUCCUUAUUACUAUCGAUGAGGAGAUCUUCGUCGAGGUCAACUGCAGUAGAAAAUAAGGAAGCAUUAGUUCAAAAAUUGAAAGAGAACGAAAAGCGGCGAGCCAAUGUUGCGCCAAUUGUCCGUGUAAAACACGUCGAUUUGACUCAAGAAGAAAAGCUUGCGGAAGCAAUAGAGACAGAAAAGGCUAAUAUAUUAUCAUUGCAACAAUUCAGGGAUCAAGAAAUAGUCAAAAAAGAAAGACAAAAACAACUAUUAUUACUGCGGAAAGUGCAACUCAAGAAUGUAAUAAGAAUGGUGAGUGAUGAGAGACUUAUAACUCCUUUGGACGAAAUAAAUGAAGAUAGACACAUGCGUGAACUAAUGAAUAUUAGGUCGAGGAAGAAACUUGGAAGAAAAAAGAAAGUUACAAAUGACUCAGAAGUAAAACGACUUCCUGGAGAAGUUGAUACUGAGUUGCCAAUUGUAAAACAAGAAUUGGAACAAAAGCGAAUUCAAGAAGAAAGGGAAUCUAAAAGUAACCAGAUAGAGGAAACCGCUGAAACAACCGCUGUUAGCCAAAAUGACGAUAGUAAUGAAGAAAAUAAAAAUAUUGAAAUUGAUAAUAUCACACCUCCUAGUAAAGAGUCCUCGGAAUUAUCUGAGCAGGUUGAUGUGUCUAAGGAAGUUACCGGUGAAAGCAUUUCUAAUGAGGAAGUUGAAACUCAAACCAUCACCGAAGAUGAUAAAAAUGCCAACCCGAAUAUAUCAAGAGAAGCUACAAUCAAGGAGAAUACAGCAAGUAAUUCUAAUCAAGCGUCAGAGAAUGAUGAAGUAAUUGAUAACGAUUUGGAUAACAACGAUGAAAAAUUAACGGAGAAUGAUUCGGUCUCUAAUAGUAAACCGAAUGUCGAUGCGCCUAUAAAAGAAGAACAAUCUUCAAACGAUGAUUUGAUAAACGAAAGUUCAAAGGAGGACACAAAUAAGCCUAAAGAUGAUGAUGGAGAAACGCAAGCAGCUAUUGAUUCUAUUGUCUCCGACGAGGAAAACUUGUUAAACAAUAAAGGUGAUGAGUCGAAUGAAGUGAAGGAAGAGAAGAGAGUUAAAUUUGCUGAUGAAUUAGAACAAGAACAAAGGGAGGGAACCGAACCUUAUGAUACAAAUUAUUCCCCGCUGGAUGCCGAGUUUGAAAUUAUUCCGGAAACUUUUGAAGGACCACCGCAAAGGGUGGCCCGUAAUACAAUAUAUCUUAUCGACUUUGAAGAGGAUAAGGAUCCCAGCUAUAAGCUCGAUAUUGCUAACAUUAAAGCCAUGUUAUUUGGAUCACAAUCGCUUCUUCCAGCUUCCAGAAGAUUUAAGGAUUUGAAAACCAUACUAAGAAUAGGCGAAGUGGAAAACCCUUAUGCAACUGUAAAACAAGAAAAGGAUGAAUUAUUUGAGCCGGUUUCAGAACUCACUGAAGAUAAUGCAAUGUUCGAUGAACUCAAAAGAUUGCCUAAAUUGGGUAUUACCCAAGCUGUAGUAGAAGAAAUCGAAGAAGACACUCAAGAGGAAAAUGCCCCUAUUGUAUUAAAGACAGAAGCACCAACAGGUAUUUACUUACCAAAUGGAAACAAGAAGGUUUGUUUAAUAUCAGGCACGGAAGUUAAAUAUUUUGAUCCCUCCAAUGGUAUACCGUAUAGCAGUGUCGAGACAUACAGAUUUUUGAAAACUAUUGAACAGGGUAACGUUCCUUGGUACAGCAUUGACGAAGUAGAUAAUGAUAAUGGACCCGUUGAGAUAUAUCUUGGGUCUAGAGACGGUACCGAAAAACAUGCAAAGGGAGUUCCUGAAGGUUUUGAUAGCUAA